AUGAGCAGUUCAGAAAUACAAUCAGAUUCUGAAGAUUUAAUCUAAGAAAAUAAAGAUUUUGAUUUCUAUGCUGAUCUCUUAAAUCCUUCUGAAAGAUUAAAAAAAAGAGUAUAAGAAUCGACUAUUAAUUUAACAAAAAAAUAAUGUAAAUCAUAAAAAUUGAAUGAAAAGUCAUAAAAGAAAUAAAAAUAAUUAGUAUAGAAAAUAAAAAAUGAAGAUUAACAUGAAAAUAUUUAAUUAUAAUAUGAUCCUAAAAUAUUUGCAAUAAAUAGUGACUUUUAAUAAUUGAAAUUAAAUAAAGCAUUAGUAAAAGUUUGUCAUUAAUAAGGAUAUAAAUAUCCAACUUAAAUUUAAGCAUAAGUAAUUCCUUUAAUUUUAGCAGGUAAAGAUGUAUUAGCAAAUUCAUGUACAGGAUCAGGAAAGACUGCAGCAUUUUUAUUACCAUUAAUGGAAAGAUUUGGAAAUACUAAAAGUCAAAGAUAUUCUAAAGCUUUAAUUGUAUUACCCACUAGAGAAUUAGCUUUAUAAUGUUUUGAAAUGUUUUAGAUGCUAAAUUAAUUCUCUAAUUGUACAGCUGCUCUUGUUAUAGGAGCUGUUCCUAUAUAAUAACAAGAAGCAGAAUUAAGAAGAUAUCCUGAUAUUAUUAUUGCUACUCCAGGAAGAAUUGUUGAUAUAUUAAAAAAUUCAUUUAGUAUAGAUUUAUCUAGGUAUUAUAUAUUUAUCAAUAUUAAAGUAUUGAAGUAUUAGUCUUAGAUGAAGCUGAUCGAUUAAUGGAAAUGGGAUUUGAAGCAGAAAUCAAAGAAAUUCUAUAAUAAACACCUAGAGAUAGAUAAACUGUAUUGAUUAGUGCCACUCUUAAGGCAACUGUUUAAUAACUUUCUUUAUUGGCUUUACAUAAACCAGUUAAAGUUAGUGUAGAUUUUGUUGGAGGAUUAGCAUAUGGUUUAAAAUAAUAUAUACUAAGAAUUUAUUCUGAUGAUGAAAAAGAUAGAGAGGCUACGUAUUAUACUAUUUAAAUUUAUUAGUCUUCUUGCUUUAUUGUAAAAUUAAUUUACUGAUAAAACUAUUAUAUUUGUUAGAACUAAACAUGAUUGUCAUAGAUUAUCUAUCAUUUUAGGUUUAAAACAUUUAAGUUCUUGUGAAUUACAUGGAAAUUUAACUCAACAACAAAGAAUUUAAGCUUAUGAAGAUUUUAAAGUACUUUUAUUAUAUAAAUAUUAGGAAGCUAAAUAUAAAUUUUUAUUAGCUACUGAUCUUGCAGCUAGAGGAUUAGAUAUUGCUAAUGUAAAAGCUGUAAUUAAUUAUGAAAUACCUUAUGAAACUUCUAGAUAUAUUCAUAGAAUUGGCAGAACUGCUAGAAUUGGAAAUUAAGGUGUCUCUGUAACUAUUUGUUUACAAAAAGAAGUUUCUAAAUUUAAAUAAAUGAUUAAAGAGUCUAAAUAAAAACUAUAUUAAUUCAAAUUUAAUCUAGACUCAAUUAAUAUUAUCAAAUCUGAAAUUUAAUAAUUAGAACCAAAAUUAAAAAAAUUAUUAAAGAUGAAGUUUUUGAAAAAGAAAUAUAAAAAACAGAAAUUCUAGCAUAAAGAGCUUAAAAUCUCAUUUAACAUAGAACAGAAAUUAUGA